UGUUCCUGGCCCCGGGCGGGCGUCCGCGCUCGCUGCCUCGCCUCCGCGCCUCGGCCCCAUGGACGCCCUGUGCGGCUCCGGGGAGCUCGGCUCCAAGUUCUGGGACUCCAACCUGUCUGUGUACACAGACAACCCGGACCUCACUCCCUGCUUCCAGAACUCCCUGCUGGCCUGGAUUCCCUGCAUCUACCUGUGGGCCGCACUGCCCUGCUACCUGCUCUACCUGCGGCGCCAGCAUCGCGGCUACAUUGUCCUCACUCGCCUCUCCAGGCUCAAAACAGUCCUGGGUGUCCUGCUGUGGUGUGUCUCCUGGGCUGACCUCUUCUACUCCUUCCAUGGCCUGACCCAGGACCAAGCCCCUGCCCCCAUCUUCUUUAUCACCCCCCUGGUCAUGGGGAUCACCAUGGUGCUGGCCACCCUGCUGAUCCAGUACGAGCGGCUGCGGGGUGUGCAGUCCUCGGGGGUCCUCAUUGUUUUCUGGUUCCUGUGUGUGAUCUGCGCCAUCAUCCCCUUCCGCUCCAAGAUCCUUUCGGCCAUGGCACAGGGCCAGGUCUCAGACCCCUUCCGCUUCACCACCUUCUACAUCUACUUUGCGCUGGUGCUCCUUGCCCUCAUCCUGUCCUGCUUCAGGGAGAAGCCACCGCUCUUCUCGCCAGCGAAUGCCGACCCUAACCCUUGCCCAGAGGCUGGCGCUGGCUUCCUCUCCCGCCUGUCCUUCUGGUGGUUCACAGAGAUGGCCAUCCUGGGCUACCGGCGCCCCCUGAAGGAGGAGGACCUCUGGACCCUGAACGAGGAGGACCGCUCCCAGCAGGUGAUACAGCGCCUGCUGGAGGCCUGGAGGAAGCAGCAAAGGAACAAGGCUGCAGCGGCAUUUGAGAAGAAAGACUCCAGUGAGGGCGAGGUGCUGCUGGGGGGCCGGUCCAGACCCAAGGAGCCCUCCUUCCUGUGGGCCCUCUCGGUCACCUUUGGCCCUAGCAUCCUCAUCAGUGCCUGCUACAAGCUGAUCCAGGACCUGCUCGCCUUCGUCAAUCCCCAGCUGCUCAGCAUCCUGAUCAGGUUCAUUUCAACCCCUGAGGCCCCCUCCUGGUGGGGCUUCCUGGUGGCUGCGCUGAUGUUCACGUGCUCCGUGAUACAGACCCUGGCCCUGCACCAGCACUUCCAGUGCAUCUUUGUGACCGCACUGCAGCUGCGCACGGGGAUCAUAGGUGUCAUCUACAGGAAGGCUCUGGUCAUCACCAACUCAGUCAAGCAAGAGUCCACUGUGGGAGAAAUUGUCAACCUCAUGGCAGUAGACGCCCAGCGCUUCAUGGACCUCGCCCCCUUCCUCAACCUGGUCUGGUCAGCCCCUCUGCAGAUCAUCCUGGCAAUCUACUUCCUCUGGCAGAACCUGGGUCCCUCCAUCCUGGCUGGGGUUGCACUGAUGGUCUUGCUGAUUCCACUCAAUGGAGCUGUAGCCAUGAAGAUGCGGGCGUUCCAGGUGGAGCAAAUGAAAUUGAAGGACUCACGCAUCAAGCUGAUGAGCGAGAUCCUGGGUGGCAUCAAGGUGCUGAAGCUGUACGCCUGGGAACCCAGCUUCCUGAAGCAGGUGGAGGGCAUCCGGCAGAGUGAGCUCCGGCUGCUGUGCAAGUCUGCCUGCCUCCACGCCAUCAUCACCUUCACCUGGACAUGCACCCCCUUCCUGGUGACCCUGGUCACUCUUGGGGUGUACGUCUCUGUGGACGAGCGCAACGUGCUGGAUGCUGAGAAAGCCUUUGUGUCCUUGUCCUUGUUCAACAUCUUAAAGAUGCCCCUCACCAUGCUGUCCCAGUUAAUCAGUGGCCUGGUCCAGACCAGUGUGUCUCUGAAACGGAUCCAGCAUUUCCUGAGCCAAGAAGAACUUGACCCCCAGUGUGUGGAAAGAAAGGCCAUCUCCCCAGGCUAUGCUAUCACCAUACACAGUGGCACCUUCACCUGGGCCCAGGACCUGCCCCCAACUCUGCACAGCCUGGACAUCCAGGUGCCAAAAGGAGCGCUGGUGGCUGUGGUGGGGCCCGUGGGCUGUGGGAAGUCCUCCCUGAUUUCUGCCCUGUUGGGAGACAUGGAGAAGCUGGAAGGCAAGGUGCACGUGAAGGGCUCCGUGGCCUACGUGCCCCAGCAGGCGUGGAUCCAGAACGCCACUCUUCAGGAAAACGUGCUGUUUGGUCAAGCCCUGGACCCCAAGCUCUACCAAAAGACUCUGGAGGCCUGUGCCCUGCUGGCUGACCUGGAAGUGCUGCCCGGUGGGGACCAGACAGAGAUCGGAGAGAAGGGUAUUAACCUGUCAGGGGGCCAGCGGCAGCGGAUCAGCCUGGCCCGAGCUGUUUACAGUGGUGCUGACAUCUUUUUCCUGGAUGACCCACUGUCAGCUGUGGACUCUCAUGUGGCCAAGCAUAUCUUUGACCACGUCAUCGGGCCAGAGGGUGUGCUGGCAGGCAAGACACGGGUGCUGGUGACGCACGGCAUCAGCUUCCUGCCCCAGACUGACUUGGUCAUAGUGAUGGCUGAUGGGCAGGUGGCAGAGGCGGGGCCCUACGAGGCCCUACUGCAGCGAAACAGCACCUUCGCCGAAUUCCUCCACAACUAUGUCCCUGAUGAGGACGAUGGGCUCCCGAAGGAGGACAGCAAGACUGUCUUGGAUGAUGUAGAGGAUGAGGAGGUGCUGCUGAUCGAAGACACACUCAGCGACCACACUGACCUGACAGAUUAUGAGCCAGUCUCCUAUGAGGUCCAGAAGCAACUUAUGAGACAGCUGAGCACCAUGUCCUCGGACGGGGAAGGCCACGGUCGGCCCAUGUCCCGGAGACGCCUGGGCCCCGCAGAGAAGGCAGCGCGGGCGACAGAGGCAAAGAAGAGUGGGGUGCUGGUCCAGGAGGAGAAGGCCGAGACGGGCAACGUGAAGCUGAGUGUGUUCUGGGAUUACGCCAAGGCUGUGGGGCUCUGGACUGUGCUGGCCGUCUGUCUCCUAUUUGGGGCUCAAAGUGCCGCCGCCAUCGGGGCCAACGUGUGGCUCAGUGCCUGGACCAACGAGCCCGUGGUGGAUGGCCGCCAGAACAACACGUCCCUGAGGCUGGGCGUCUACGCGGCCUUGGGAAUGCUGCAAGGGGUGCUGGUCAUGCUGUCGGCCCUCACCUUGGCGGUGGGCAGCGUCCAGGCAGGGCGCUUGCUGCACCACGCGCUGCUGCACAACAAGAUGCGCUCACCGCAGUCCUUCUUCGACACGACGCCCUCGGGCCGAAUCCUCAACCGCUUCUCCAAGGACAUCUACGUCAUCGAUGAGAUCCUGGCCCCCGCCAUCCUCACGCUGCUUAAUACCUUCUUCAACUCCGCCUCCAUCCUCGUGGUCAUCAUGACCAGCACGCCGCUCUUCAUCGUCGUGGUCGUGCCGCUGGCUGCCAUCUACGUCUUAGUGCAGCGCUACUAUGUGGCCACGUCACGGCAGCUGAAGCGGUUGGAAUCGGUCAGCCGCUCGCCCAUCUACUCCCACUUUUCGGAGACGGUGACCGGUGCCAGCGUCAUCCGGGCAUACGGCCGUGGCCAGGACUUCGAGGCCAUCACUGAUGUCAGAGUGGACAGUAACCAGCAGAGCUGCUAUGCCUACAUUGUCUCCAACCGGUGGCUGGGGAUCCGAGUGGAGUUCAUAGGGAGCUGUGUGGUGUUCUUUGCCGCGCUGUUUGCCGUGACUGGGAGAAGCAGCCUGAAUCCCGGGCUGGUGGGCCUUUCUGUGUCCUAUGCCCUCCAGCUGACAAUGGCUCUCAACUGGAUGGUACGAAUGAUGUCAGACUUGGAGUCUAACAUUGUGGCUGUGGAGAGAGUGAAGGAGUACACCAAGACAGAGACUGAGGCUCCCUGGGUGAUUGAGGGCAGCUGCCCCCCGGAGGGCUGGCCCCAGCAUGGUGAAGUGGAGUUCCGGAAUUACUCGGUGCGCUACCGGCCGGGCCUGGAGCUGGUGCUGAAGGACCUGAGCCUGCGCGUGCACGGUGGCGAGAAGGUGGGGAUCGUGGGCCGCACCGGGGCUGGCAAGUCGUCCAUGACCCUCUGCCUGUUCCGCAUCCUGGAGGCAGCAGAGGGUGAAAUCUACAUCGACGGCCUCAACGUGGCCCAGAUUGGACUCCAUGACCUGCGUUCUCGGCUGACCAUCAUCCCCCAGGACCCCAUCCUGUUCUCGGGGACCCUGCGCAUGAACCUGGACCCCUUCAGCAACUACUCAGAGGAGGACAUGUGGCAGGCCCUGGAGCUGUCCAACCUGCGCACGUUUGUGAGCUCCCAGCCGGCAGGCCUUGACUUCCAGUGCUCCGAGGGUGGGGAGAAUCUCAGCGUCGGCCAGCGGCAGCUCGUGUGCCUGGCCCGAGCCCUGCUCCGCAAGAGCCGCAUCCUGAUUUUAGACGAGGCCACGGCCGCCAUCGAUCUGGAGACUGACGACCUCAUCCAGGCCACCAUUCGCACCCAGUUUGAGACCUGCACCGUGCUGACCAUCGCACACCGGCUCAACACCAUCAUGGACUACACCAGGCUGUUUCUGCCCAGGAUGUUUUAUGAGUAUAUGGAAGAAGACUUCCAUCCUUAUGAUAAAGCAUGUAUGAAAGCACAAAUGCCCAAAUUAUUCUGCCUCUCCCUGGUGCUAAGAAAAGGUCUCUGCUAUGCUCUCUGAUUUAUUAGGCCAAUUUGGCAUGAUGUCUGCUGUGUGAGACUCUAGCUGCCCUUAACCAACAGAAAUGCAGAUUCAUUCAGCAUCAUUCUCAGUUAAAGAUCUGAAGGUGUGAGGCUGUAUUUCCUUUUCUGUGCUGGGAGUUUGCUUCUAAGCUUAUUGAGGCUCUGACAGGAGCUGACAGCCCAAAGGAGAGGCUCAGUUGUGUAGAGUAAAUAGGAUAAUCAAAAACUGUGGUUAAUAGGGGAUGACCUCCAUCUAGCUGGCUCAGCUACUCUGGGGAAAUGAAGCCAACUGCUGUGAACUGGGAGGAAAGACGCCACACAAAAUCUCUCUCUCUAGGUGCCACUGACAGGCUGUGAGGGCUGCAGCCACAGCGGGAUGAGGAGGCUCAGGUGGAGAAUGGGCCCUUUGAUUCUUCCUCCAGAGCUGCUUGUCCCUGAGACUGUCUUGUGAUUUGUGUAAUGCCGUUUAGGAGACCAAAAUUAAAGAAUAUGGGCCUAGUCA